ACAGGUACAGAGGCGGACAGUGCAGGGGAAGACAGGGGAACACGGCCGGGCCGGCUACCUGCCUGCGCCGAACACACACCGGACCUCUUCCCGGUACUGCAUCUCACCCGCCGUAACGGACCUGUCCUGAUCACGAUUUCCCCAAGGACGCCGUGGUGUCAGAAACGAUGGGGGAAGAGAGUGUGGAUCCAACCGGCCGCCGGAAAGGGGUGAGAAAGGACAACUUCACCCUGUCCGCGCUCCGGCUGAACACGAAAGAGGACCGUCUGCUGGACCACAGGAAACACAUGCUGAACGCGGAGAGCGCGUACGUGUUGAGGGUGAUGGACGUGAGUGAGAAACUCCUGGUCAUCCGCUUCAAGUCUCUGCGGGAGAAGCUCUCUCGCCAGACGUCUAAUCUUACGGAAGAAGAAGUGGAGACCUUCAGAAGAUCGGAUUUACAGACAUCUCGUAGAUCGACGUGCUUCAGCCGGCAUAUGAGAACUCCCCACAAUGUAGCGUCAACGUCCAAACACUGGUGUUCUCCUCCCGCGGCGGCGCAACUACCGAGGAAGCGGCCCAAAUCUGCUACCGGUGCCGCGAUGAAACUCCCUCCGUCAGCGCAGUAUAAACCUCCGAAGUCUGCACCUGCGUCUGGUCGGAGGAGCACCCACGCGCCCGCAGGCCUGUCUCCCAGUAGGGGCGACCACACGUCCGCAAGCCUGUCUCCCAGUAGGGGCGACCACACGCCCGCUAGCCAGUUUCUUGCUGCCCGGAGAGGCAACACGCCGACCAAACGGAGUGACCACAUACCCGCCAGCCGGACUGACCACUUGCCCGCCAGCCGGACUGACCACUCGCCCUCCAGCCGAAGUGACCCCAUGCCCGCCGGCCUGUCUAUGUCCGUGCCCGUCAGCGCCGCGGUUUCCCCCGCCGAGCUCACUCAAGCCACGCGGCCUGAGCUGGCUUCGGCGCCCGCCAAGCUCCGAGCCACGGCCGAAGGAAAGACAAAGUACCUGUCCGGACCCAUGGUCGAGCUGGCAAUGGAAGAAGACCGGGAACGGAAGCAAAAAUUUGAGGAUAACCGCAAAAGAAUGUUAGAGCGGAGCCGAGUCGCCAGUGCCGGCCUCCUGCAGAAAAAAGACGAGUUUCUGAAGCGCCUGGACGCCAUGUUACACGACGACUCAGACGACAACAUUCUGGAGCAAAUCGCGUCCGGACAGUUCGACGAAAAAUCCGGCGAGGGAUCAGACGAGGAAGAGAGGCGAAGAGAAAGAGAACUCAGACGUAAGCGGAGACUUCGCUUCAGAAACAUAGACAGGAACGAGAAGACGGAAAUUUUGGCCCCGGAAGAAUACUGGAAAAAUAUCAAUAAAUGUCGAUACCUGCGGCUGCCCGACGGGACAGAGGAUCUGUCAGGAGUAGUGACGUUAGUUAGCGAGCAGAGGAAACUGUUUCAAGUCUGGAGAGACACGACCUAAACAUGGAACCUUAUCUAGACAAACUCUAACUACGGUACGUUGCCUGGAUAUUCUAAGUCUAAAGGUAGAACGCGGACUGUUAUUUUAAGCCCCCAAUACUGUCAGAGCUCAAGUUGUUGCAAUUAUUAUGAACUUAGUUAAUCAAAUUGUAAGGCUACACACCAGGCCAAAAUGACAUAGUAAAUUAUAUAGUAAAGUCAUGACAGUUGGCCUUUAAGAGAUAUUCCUAUAAUCAUGUUUGAGACGUGUGAAGUUUCUUUUUCCGCUUAAGACUGAAAAAACAUAAAGCAUGUGUUAAACAAUUGAUUUCUACAAGUCAGCUAUAAUGAAGACAACUAUAAUGGCAUAUCAACUAUAGCUAGGUCAUUUUAUUCUCAUUUCUUGCUUGGUCAAAUAACUCUUAGAACCAGUUCACACCAUUGUCCCUCACACAGGGUGAUAAAUCUCUAAGAUUUCGUAGUCUGACUUGUUCAACAGACAUCAUUAUAUUUGGUACUAUUGCUAUUCGAGAUGAAUAAAUCUCUAAGUCACGAAGACAGUGAAA